GAAAACAUGGCGGACAGACUAACGCAGCUUCAAGACGCUGUCAAUUCGCUUGCAGAUCAGUUUUGUAAUGCCAUUGGCGUCCUACAACAAUGUGCGCCUCCUGCCUCCUUCAGUAACAUCCAGACGGCUAUCAACAAAGAUCAGCCCGCAAACCCUACCGAAGAAUAUGCCCAGCUGUUUGCAGCCCUGAUAGCCAGAACAGCCAAAGAUGUGGAUGUACUAAUCGACUCUCUGCCCAGUGAGGAGUCCACAGCUGCUCUGCAGGCGGCCAGUCUGCGGCAGCUGGAAGAGGAGAACCACGACGCAGCAGCUCGUCUGGAGGACGUGGUUUACCGUGGCGAUAUGCUGCUGGAGAAGAUCCAGAGCGCUCUGGCUGACAUAGCCCAGUCUCAGCUCCGCACCCGCAACGGAGCUCCGAGUCAGCCUUCACCUGCCGAAUCCUGACCCCACAACAUACAUAUUAUACUACUGGACAGUUUCACUCUCACCGACUGCCACUCUCAAAACACACAAACACGGGCUGAGUCUGUCUGAAUGUGUGUCCAUACGUGUGUGUGUGGAGAAUACGAGACGCUGACCACAUUUGGGUGGUUGAGACAAACAGCCUUCUUGUGAUUUCUCUGUAAAUUUCUAAUGAGAUUUGGCCUGAAACAAAACUGGAGAGGAGUAAAAGAAGACGUCUUCACAUGCACAUAGUCCUUAAUUUUUGCUUUUUUCUUGAUACAAAAAGUUUGGAAAAAUGCUUCCUCCUGGUCUAAAAGAGUCUGUCAGGUUUUGUAUGUUUUCUGUACAAUUUGUGCUGUAUAUUGAGUUGAGUCAGAUCUCAAUCUGUUUUUGUAGAUAUUUAUGAAUGAAAUGAUCAGAUUUCUCAUUUUGGCUGCUUUAAAAAGUUAAAUCACUCUUUUUCUUUAACUGUCUAUAACCAAGUAAUUUUUCCUUUUUUUUUUUUCUUUUCUUUUUUUUAAAUAAAGCUUCAACAAAC